UUCUGUCACAAUCAAUAUGCAUCAUUUUAUAUGUUUUAUGAAAUUUGAGACUAAAACAUAUAUCUUCUGUUCUUUAAGCUGUAACUCUCUCAUGGCAUUCUUAACUGAAGAUGAAAGAAAGCAUAACACGAAUAAGAAGCUUUACGAUGCACUGAUGAAACAAGAGAACACUGAAGUUUUACGACUCUGUCGAGGACUGGAAUCAGGGCCAUUGCAUAUAUUAACAGUGCACGAUGACACAGUCCUCCAUGUGGCUGCCUACUCUAAACAAACAGAUUUGGUUCUCUGUUUACUUAAAGAGUUGGAAAUGCGGUUGCCUGAGUUUCCUGUAGAUGGACUAAAGCAUCGUAAUGAUAUGGGGAAUACCAUUCUUCAUGAAAUAGCUACUUUUGACAGAGUUGAUUCAGCUGCAAAGAUAAUAUUGGAUAGAGAACCUGAUUUACUUGGUAUGCGCAAUAAGAGUGGAGAGACUGCUCUAUUUCGUGCUGUUCGUUAUGGGAAAACAGUCAUGUUUGAUUUUCUUGAUCAACAAGUGAAUCAAUUUUUUUCUGUUUAUGAACGCGAGGCUUGUUAUUAUAAACUUAGAGGAGCAACAAUUCUUCAUGCUGCUGUACGCUCUGAACACUUUGGUUUGGCCCUGUCAAUUGCUAAAAAGUACGAAUAUUUGGUAAAUGAACGAGAUGCAGAUGGAAUGACUGCUCUUCAACUUCUUGCUUGCAACCGGCAAGCAUUUGGAAGUGGAGAGAAGUAUGGUUAUAUCAAGAGAUCCAUUUACACUCGUCUUUCGACUGAACCUAAGGCUACCGAGAAGGAAGGUAAGUCUCCACACCACCAAGUCAUUGUAAUCCCACAAGUGGGAUCUGGGGAGGGUGGGGUGUACGCAGAAGCUGAAAAAUGUUAUAGAGUGCCGUUGGUGGAGUCUAUGCGUAAGCAUAAGCAGAGAUAUGAAUCAGUUCUGAAACUUGCCAAGUUCUUGAUAGCAAAGGAUACUUCUUGGGAGUGUUCAGAAUUUGCUUUAAAUCAGGUCGAACCUUGAUCCCACAAGUAUAGACUGAUGUCAGAUGUUUUAAAAAGCGAAGAAAAAGAGGAACAAUAUGGUGUUGCACCAGCAGGAAAAGUUGUUACAAAAAUUGCUGAGUCACCUUUGAUUUUGGCAACCAAAUCAGGUUGCACAGAGAUUGUAGAUGAGAUAUUGAAAACAUAUCCCCAAGCUGUGGAGUAUGUUGACAGUGAAGGUCGUAACAUAUUGCACGUGGCGAUCAAGUACCGUCAGAUGCAAAUUUUCGACAUAGUUGAGAAAAUGGGAAUGCCAAUGAGGAGACUCAAGAGAAAGAUCACUCAUCAGGGAAAUUCCAUACUUCACAUGGUUGGUGUAAAAGAGGACACUGAAAUUGCAGAUAUGAGAAGCCCUGCUUUGCUAUUGCAAGAGAAUUUGCUCUUGUUUGAGCGUGUGAAAAGCGUCUGCUCAGCUGAUUUUUUCGAAAUUAUUAACGAAGAAGGCAAGACAGCAGAAGAGUUAUUCACUAAAGCAAAUGCUACACUACGUUCAGAAUUGAAAGACUGGCUUAAACGCACUGCUGAGAACUGUACAAUAGUUGCUGUGCUCAUUGCAACAGUGGCUUUUGCCGCAGCCUAUACUAUUCCAGGUGGUCCAAAUCAAAGCAUGGGUUAUCCCGUCCUCUUGGCCCAACCGUUCUUUGUGAUUUUCACUAUCGGAGAUGUGCUUUCCAUUACCUUUGCUUUGACCUCAAUGAUCACUUUUCUCUCAAUUCUCACCUCUUCAUUUCUGUUGCAUGAAUUCAGGCUAUCGCUUCCUCAGAAAUUAAUUCUAGGAGUUACCCUCUUGAUUCUUUCUGUGUCGAUGAUGAUGUUAGCAUUUGCAUCGACUAUAAUCUUUUUGAUUCACUACAAAGAAAGGUGGACAAAAAUAGCUUUAUCUUCCAUGGCAUUCCUACCUGUGACCAUUUUCGCAGUUUCAUAUUUCCCUCUGUAUGUGUCAUUAUGGAAAAACUUUAACUACUCGUUAAGGAAAUUAUCCAGGGCGUUUCCUCGAUGCAAGAUUCUAUCAGGAAAGCCUUGCGAUGAUUCCCCUUUGACAAUCUCUUCCAGUCUCCAUGAGUCUGGAUCUACUAAAUUUGGCAUUUCCACAUCCUACUAUUAGUAACUGGUAAAACAGUUGCUCUGUCUGUGUGAGAUAAAGUGUCCAUUGAAAUGUAUUCUAGUAUUAGCGGCGUGUGCCCAUUGAAUGUAUGUUUGUCUAAGUCCUAAACUAUGUGAGACGUUUCAAGUUUA